UUUAUUAUUAGAUUUUUGAAGUGCUGAAACGUGCAGCAGUUCUGUUUAAAUAAAAUCUGAAUAUUGAUAUUCUUGUAUAUUAACAAAAUCCACAGUUGAAAAUGAGUGGUGAAAAAACAAUUAGUGUUGAAAAUCCGAAGUCUCGCAUUGGUAUUCGUCAUUUGCAAGCGAUUCUACUGUUCUUCGCGCUGGUGUUAGCAUAUGGCAUGAGGGUGAACAUGAGCAUAGCCAUCGUAGUCAUGACUGACAAAGACUUGGAAGGUUCAUACGACUGGAGCAUGCAAAUACAGAGCGUGAUCCUAUCCUCAUUCUUCUGGGGCUACGUCAUCCUCCAGGUGCCUGGUGGAGAGCUCGCGGCCAGGUUUGGGGGAUCCAAACUCGUCACCCUUAGUAUAGCACUUAAUGCUAUUGUAUGCAUCUUGAUACCACUUAGUGUUUCUUACGGUGGUUGGAAGUUGAUGUGUGCAUGCAGAGUAUUCCAAGGCCUAACUCAAGGAUUUCUUGUUCCCUCAAUACACGGCCUUAUUGGCAAGUGGGCUCCCGUGGAAGAGAAAGGCCGGCUUGGUGCCAUGGUACAUUCGGGUCCGUAUCUGGGCAAUUCUAUACAGUUUGUAGCUGCGGGGUAUAUUGCGAAUGCCUGGGGCUGGCCAGCAAUUUUCUACGCAAACGGUGCUGUGGGAGUGCUUUGGACUAUCAUCUACAUUUUCCUGGGCUCAGACUCCCCUCAGAAGUCCAGGAUGAUUAGUCAAGAGGAGAGAUUGUAUAUACAGAGCUCUUUGGGACAAGUUGGACAACAGAAGAUACUAAAAACUCCGUGGAAAGCUAUAUGGACCUCGAUGCCGUUCAUUUCAUUGAUAUUCGUCCACUGCGGACAGAACUGGGGGUUGUGGACGCUCAUGACUGAGAUGCCUUCUUAUAUGAGGCAGGUUCUGGGAGUUGAUAUUAAAUCAAACGGACUGAUGUCAGCGCUGCCGUACAUGGCCAUAUAUCUUCUGAGCUAUCCAUUCGGCUUCCUCGCCGAUUACAUACCCAACAAGAAAUGGCUUAGUGUUACUGCCACUAGAAAACUGUCCAAUUCUAUUGGAUUCUUCGGUCCAGCUAUAGCUUUGAUCUUCCUCUCGUAUACUCCUGCGGGCAACGUAGUAAUGGGAGUUGCACUUCUCACCAUCGUUGUGGGACUAAACGUGGGACACAUCACUGGUUUUGUGCUGGUACAUUUGGAUAUGGCUCCGAACUUCGCGGGCACUCUGCUGGGCAUCACCAAUUGCAGCGCCAAUAUAAUAUCCAUUAUAGCGCCACUUGUGGCUGGAGCGGUACUCAAGGACGAGACCGAUCCAGAUCAAUGGCGUAAGGUGUUCUACAUAUCAUCAGCGGUAUACAUUGUUGGCAACACAAUUUACCUGAUCUUCGGAACCAGCGAAAAGCAGAAGUGGAAUGAUCCCAAGGAUAUAUCGAUAGAUGAAGAGGUUCAGCGGAAAGAAGAAAAGGUCAUAUAAACUUUAAUAUCAAUAAACUUGGAUAAUA